CCUUAACUGGUGUCACAAUCACCAGCCAACAAACCUCAGCUACUCAUGGAGAGAGAGAGAGGCGCCUACAGGUUUCCUACAGUUCUUCCUUUGACAGCAGAAGAUAAUAUAGUUGGAUAGAGAUAUUAUUCAGCAGUAUUACGCAAGGUAAUCAUGCAGUACCAACACAGUACGCCUUCGGCCAUGGGUGUUCCUCUUUACGCGCCGACCCCUAUCCAGCCCGUCCACCCAACUCCUUUCUACAUAGAAGACAUCCUGGGGAGAAAUGAGACCCCGGCCCAGUCUUCAGCGGUGGUCCCCACGCCAACUCUACCGUCUCCGAACUCAUCCUUCACCAGUUUGGUCUCUCCGUACCGGACCCCCAUCUAUGAACCGACACCGAUCCACCCUGCGUUCUCUCACCACGCUGCGCUGACAGCCUCAUAUGCCUCGGGGGCAAAUUCACUGUAUCCAUUCUACCGCUCUAUGGGGGACUAUACCCAUGCCCUGAUCAGGCACGAUCCGCUUGGUGAGUUGAACUCAUAUGAAUCUCUUACUUGUUUGGAUGAUUUUUCUGCUGAAAUUCGUUAAGAUACUUUAAUGUUGACAACUAAUAUAAAUCUGUAAUAACCUAUGUGCAAUGUGGAGAUAAAACGUUUGUGCAUGUACUUGAUUUUGAAACUAGAUUCUCAUUCCCCUGCAUGCUGCAGAUUUCCAUCCUAAAGUGGUAGUAUAUUUUAGAGGUAAGAAUGUAUAAGCAUUGUAUCAUGCUUGAACAUAGUUGAUUACUUCAGGCAUAAUUUGCCUAUACAUCAUUUGCCUAAACACAUAUUAAGUUGUCUGUUUAAUUUGCAAACUGUUAAAGUGUUGUGCCACUUAAGUCAACGCCUUUAGUUUUUUUGUGCAAAAUUCGUUAUUGUUCCAAACAUCUGAUGCAUCCUGCGACUAAACAUGCUCUAAAUCACUUGUUAUUUCAGCAUUAAAGUGUCGCUCUGGGGUGAACUGCUUCUCUGUUCAGCAAGCCUGACCCUUUCCGUUCAUACAGGAAGUCUUGAGCUCUCGAUAGGAGUAAAUCUGCUUUCAGAAGCUGUUGAAUGUUUUCCUGGCGGCCUCGAGCAGCCUCUUCCCCGGGAGUCGUGCACGAUGCUGAUUAUUUUAUCGACAUCCUCAAUACAGACACAUUCAGGAAACACUCGACUUCUGAUAGCCGGGAUCCGUUUGUCUGAUAUUGUUCAUUUCCUCUGCGGUGAAUGUGACUUUAUGGUUGCUAAAAUAAUCAAACUGCAAACAUGAAAUAGGCCUAUGCAGUGACGCAAUUUAACAUCUUUAGGGUGACUUUGAAUUUAUUUGAAUUUCACUAUUUUAUCAAAUGUAUUUGAUUAAUUAAAUAAUUCAAUUUAUGCCUAUAAGAAAAAUCUGGUUUUGAUCAUGGUGCCACAAAACCAAAAUAUUUUUUGGGUAUAAUGAAUCAUAUCACUUUUUAAAAGCGAUUAUAAAUGUUUUUCCUUUUGGAAUAUGUAUAUAUUUUCCAACAUUUUUUAAAGGAUUGAACUAUUGUUAUGGUGAUUAUUAUUGUCUUCUUAUGAAGUUAUGGUUAUAGUUAAAUUAGAUAAGCUGAUUAAAACAUGUUUCGGUUUUAAAUAGCAUCAAUUGCAGUAUGUUGAUGGAAAGGCGGUUAGUAAUGAGAUAAACUGGUGCGAUAAAGCAACAGGAAACACAGGAAGGAUAUUUUGCCAUUGUUUUAGUCUCCACUCAGUUUCAAGUUUCAACUCACGGCCUUCCGUAAAAACGGAGGUUAAACGGAUGCCUGCAAAAACUGACAAGAAAGAUGAAAUAAUUGUAAAUAUUUGCAUAGAAUCAUGUAGGCCUCUGCUGGAGGAGAAACGAAUCAGGUUAACGAAAGCUAUUUUGAUUUAUUUAACUUUUGGGGCUACUUAUAUAAUAUAAUAUAAUAUGCCAUUUAGCAGACGCUUUUAUCCAAAGCGACUUACAGUCAUGUGUGCAUAAAUUUUUACGUAUGGGUGGUCCCGGGGAUCGAACCCACUACCCUGGCGUUACAAGCGCCGUGCUCUACCAAUUGAGCUACAGUAGAUCUAAUAUUAGCAUAUAAUUCUGCCCCAUUUGUAUAAACAUGUUUUUCUAUAUUAAAUCAUUAUUUUUAUUUUUGUCUUCAAAGGUAAACAACUUUUAUGGAGCCCAUUCAUUCAGCGUCCACUGCACAAGAGAAAAGGUGGACAAGUCCGAUUCUCCAACGACCAGACAAUCGAGUUGGAAAAGAAGUUUGAGACCCAGAAAUACCUUUCACCCCCAGAACGAAAACGACUGGCUAAAAUGUUACAACUGAGUGAACGACAGGUCAGCAGCGUGUUUUAUUUGGUUCCACAUCCAGUCGCUAUACAUUUCAGGUUACAUUUACAUUUUACAUUUACGUCAUUUAGCAGACGCUCUUAUCCAGAGCGACUUGGUGCAUUCACACUUUGGUUACUUUGGUAAUCAGUUGGGUUUCAUCCGUUUAAUCUGUAUCAUCAAUUACAUAUUUUUUAAAGACAUUUCGUUCAACUGAUUUUCACAUAGGCCUAUAGUCUAAGGUAAAUUAUCUGACACAGAAUCCAGUAGCCUAACAUUAAAAAAAUAUAUCGUUGACGUUGUUUUCCAGGUGAAGACAUGGUUCCAAAAUCGAAGAGCCAAGUGGAGGCGACUGAAGCAGGUAUGAAUAAAUGAGUACUGGGUUUAAUGUACUUUUCGAUUAAAGUUGCCAAAGUAAAGGCUAUUUAUAUCUAAUUUCAAGCUAAAAAAAUGACAUUUAUUAUAGGUUUAGUGCUUGAGUAGCCUGUGCGUAAAAGUCAUGCGCAAUAGCAAUGGCAUACCCAAUGUGAAAUAUAUAUUGUGGCUGAUUGGUUACCGUUGUUGUUAUUUCCCCAGGAGAACCCUACCGGCAGUAAGAGAGAUCUGGAGGACGAGAGCACCGGGAGAAACUGCGAGGAGGGACCGGAGUCAGGCGUGAGCCUCAGCCCGGGCCGGGACCAGAGAUGUCGGCCUACAGAAAUGACCCAUCGUUUGCAGUGUUCCACGUCGCCUCUAUCACAAGGAGAAAUAGAGUCAGACAUUUCAGAUGAUACAGACCAAGAGCUGGACAUAGAGGACGACAUGGGGUUUCCACUGAAUCCACCGAUAUGAGAACAUCAGAUCACAGUUUACAGGUCAAUCUAGAUGUUAUCCCACUGGGUGACUGACGGCCGGGAAGAGGACCAAUAGCCCGACUCCAAACAUUGUUGUAGCAUCUUUCUGGGACAUAGAUUUGUUUUGUAUGUAAUUACCUGUAUAUUUUGUGAUGUUGUUUUGAUGUCAUUAUGAGUUAAAAAUAAAUAUUAAUUGAGCAUUAAAUUAGCAUAAUACAAUUAGCGGAAAUACAUUAGCAUAAUACAAAAGUCCUGAUCAAAAUCCAUCUGUUUAAGCGAGAGAGAGAGUAUCUGUGGUGGAAGGUGUCCGAGCUACAGCAGUGUGUGUCAGACCAGGAGACAUCCAGAAAAUUGUCUUCUCACGAAAACGUCUCUAGCGUCGGAACGUUUUGGCCUACAAACUACGAGUCGGUUGUUUUGCUCUAGGACGC